CUGGAGUCCUGAGGGAUAUGGCUGUUUAAAAGAACUGAGAGAAAAGAGCAUGAAGAGUUGGUGUAAAGUUGGAGAAAUAGGAAGGUGCCAAAACAUGCAGAGCCUGAGUUUUAUCUUUAUCCUAAGAAAGAAGAAAGCCAUUGAAAUAUUUAAGCCACGUGAUAAAGUGAUCAGCUUUAUAUUUCCAUAGGUUAAACUUAGCUGUAAUAUGGAGAAUGGAUUGGAAAAGUCAAAAUUGGAUAGGAGGAAUGGAGUAAUCCAAGUAGAAAUGUUAUGAUGUGAUUGUGGUGAUAGGGAGAAAUGGACAAUUGAAGAGAUAUUUAGGAGGUAAAAUGGAUAGGAUAUGUAUGAUAGCGGAAGGAAGUGUCAGGGGUGACUUGUAAUUUUCUGACUUGCCUAGCUGGAUAGAUGUUAUGCAGUGAACUGGGAAAAUUAGAAAUUCACUUUUGUACAUGAUGAGUUACAGGUACCACUGAGGAAUUUAAGAGCUGUAAAAUGAAAAAUAGGGAUCUGGAGCUCAGAUUUGAUGCCUGGGAUGGAAAUAAAGAAAUAGUAAGUUAUCUAUAAUGCCAUGUGUACAAGUGAGUUAAGAGGGCCUAGGAUGGAGUUAUGGAUACUUAUUGACUAGGAUAGAGAAAGAUGCAUCUUCAAAGAGGAUCUAGGAGGAGUGUCCAGAAAGGGAGAAAAGAGAGGAAAAGAUGCUGGAACCACAGGAGAAUGGUUUGAUGGACCUACCAGAUUAUGAGCAUGAAGAAGAUGAAACUUUCCCUCCUUUCCCACCUCCAGCUUCUCCAGAGAGAGAUGAUGAAGGAGCUGAACCUGAUGAUGAGUCAGGAAGAGGAGCACCUGUUCCUGUACCUCCAAGGAGAACAGUUAAAAGGAAUAUACCAAAGCUUGAUGCUCAGAGAUUGAUUUCAGAGAGAGGGCUUCCAGCAUUAAGACAUGUGUUUGAUAAGACAAAAUUUAAAGGUAAAGGUCAUGAGGCUGAAGACUUGAAGACACUAAUCAGACACAUGGAGCAUUGGGCACAUAGGCUAUUCCCUAAACUGCAGUUUGAAGAUUUUAUUGACAGAGUUGAAUACCUGGGAAAUAAAAAGGAAGUUCAGACCUGUUUAAAACGAAUUCGACUUGAUCUCCCUAUUUUACAUGAAGAUUUUAUUAGCAAUAAUGAUGAAGUAGGGGAAAAUAAUGACCAUGAUGUAACUGCUACUGAAUUAGAUCCAUUUUUGACAAACUCAUCUGAAAAUGUGACGUUUGCUUCUGAAUCAAGUAGAAGCCUAACUGAAGAGCAGCAACAAAGAAUUCAGAGAAAUAAACAGCUGGCCUUGGAAAGAAGACAGGCAAAGCUACUGAGUAAUAGUCAGUCCUUAGAAAAUGACUUGUUAAUAAACACGUCCAGGGCACAGGCAGUUGAAGAUGUUAAUACGGGUGAGGAUCAAAACAAGAAGUCAGAUGAACUUAAUGAAGACAUUCUAGAUAAUCCACAUAAUGAUGCUGUUGCCAAUACUGUAAAUGAAGAGGAGGAAUUAAAAAUAGAGAAAACAACUGGACCAAUCCUUUUAAAUGUAUAGUAUUAACUUUAUGCUUCAUUCUGAAAAGCUAUUGAGAUUGAAUAGGCCUCAACUAAGAGGAAAUUAAUUUGGUAUCCUCAAAGUUUGAGAUUACUACAUAUUUUGUCUACUCUGAGUGAAAUCCUUAUGUAGUAAAACCUUUACAGAUUCCUGUUUAAAAUCUGGUAUUUAUAAUUAUACUUGCUUCUUAUUAA